CCGCCGGUUUCCUUAGCAACCGUCGUGCAGCGUCUUCCUGAGCGAGCUUCUGUCAACCCGAGGAUCCCACCGCUCGCUCCCCACUGUCCCGUGGUUUUUGCGUGGGUUCAUAGACUGACGGACAACAAAAAUGGCGGAGCGGAGCCAGACGGCGCCUGAGGCAGGCAAUGAUAUAGGAAAUGAGGAUGUCAUUGGAGGGAAUGUGAGCAAAUAUGUGGUGCUCCCAAAUGGAUACUCUGGACAACCCAAGAAAGGACAUCUUACCUUUGAUGCUUGCUUUGAAAGCGGUAACCUUGGCCGGGUUGAGCAAGUCUGUGAGUUUGAGUAUGAUCUGUUCAUUAGGCCGGAUACCUGUAACCCUCGCUUCCGGGUCUGGUUCAACUUUACUGUUGAAAAUGUGAAAGACUCACAGAGGGUCAUUUUCAACAUUGUUAACUUCAGCAAGACUAAGAGUCUUUAUAGAGAUGGGAUGGCACCUAUGGUGAAAUCUACCAGCAGACCGAAAUGGCAAAGACUGCCACCUAAAAAUGUUUACUACUAUCGCUGCCCCGACCACAGGAAGAAUUAUGUGAUGUCCUUUGCAUUCUGUUUUGACCGAGAAGAUGAUAUUUACCAGUUUGCUUACUGCUACCCAUAUACAUAUACUCGCUUCCAGCAUUACCUCGACAGCCUACAAAAAAGAAACAUGGAUUACUUCUUCCGGGAACAGCUUGGACAGAGUGUGCAACAGCGGCAGCUUGACCUCCUAACAAUAACCAGCCCUGAAGACAAAUCUGAUCUUGAGAACAGUGUGAUGCAGAAGAAAAUAAAAAUCCCCAAACUUUCUCUCAGUCACCUAGAAGACGAUGGGGAGUGUAAAGACUACGGGGAGGAAGACUUACAGCUCAGACACAUCAAGAGACCGGAGGGGCGAAAGCCUAGUGAAGCGGCCCACAAGAGUAUCGAGGCAGUGGUGGCCCGGCUAGAGAAACAGAACGGCCUGAGCCUGGGUCACAGCACUUGUCCGGAAGAGGUCUUUGUGGAGGCCUCACCGGGCACAGAGGACAUGGACAGCCUGGAGGAUGCUGUUGUGCCCCGGGCUCUGUAUGAGGAGCUGCUGCGAAACUACCAGCAGCAACAGGAGGAGAUGCGCCACCUCCAGCAGGAGCUGGAGCGGACUCGGAGGCAGCUCGUCCAGCAGGCCAAGAAGCUCAAGGAGUACGGGGCACUGGUGUCUGAAAUGAAGGAGCUCCGAGACCUCAACAGGAGACUCCAAGAUGUGCUGCUCCUGCGGCUUGGCAGCGGUCCCGCCAUUGACUUGGAAAAAGUAAAGUCAGAAUGUCUCGAGCCCGAGCCGGAGUUACGGAGCACUUUCAGUGAGGAAGCAAAUACGUCGUCCUAUUACCCCGCUCCUGCACCUGUCAUGGACAAGUAUAUCCUAGACAAUGGCAAGGUUCAUCUGGGAAGUGGGAUUUGGGUUGAUGAGGAGAAAUGGCACCAGCUACAAGUAACUCAAGGAGACUCUAAGUACACGAAGAACUUGGCAGUCAUGAUCUGGGGAACAGAUGUUCUGAAAAACAGAAGUGUCACGGGAGUCGCCACAAAAAAAAAGAAGGAUGCAAUCCCGAAGCCACCCCUCUCUCCUCACAAGCUAAGCAUCGUCAGAGAAAAUCUCCGAGAAGGGACAGAAAAGAAGGUGAUAUUCAUCACAGGACGGGUCCACCCAGGGGAAACACCAUCUUCUUUUGUGUGUCAAGGGAUCAUUGACUUCCUUGUAAGUCAGCAUCCAAUUGCCCGUGUCCUGCGAGAACACUUGGUCUUCAAGAUUGCACCAAUGCUCAACCCUGAUGGAGUCUACCUAGGCAACUACAGGUGCUCUCUGAUGGGGUUUGACCUGAAUCGUCACUGGCUGGAUCCCUCUCCGUGGGCCCAUCCUACCCUGCAUGGAGUGAAGCAACUCAUCAUCAAGAUGUACAACGACCCAAAAACAAGCCUGGAGUUCUAUAUUGACAUCCACGCCCACUCCACCAUGAUGAAUGGCUUCAUGUAUGGCAAUAUCUUUGAGGAUGAGGAACGGUUCCAAAGGCAAUCCAUUUUUCCAAAGCUCCUUUGCCAGAAUGCAGAGGACUUCUCCUAUACUAGCACAUCCUUCAACCGGGAUGCUGUGAAAGCAGGAACUGGCCGUCGAUUCCUUGGCGGACUCCUGGAUCACACUUCAUACUGCUACACCCUGGAGGUUUCCUUCUACAGUUACAUCAUUGGGGGUACUACAGCUGCUGUGCCCUACACUGAAGAGGCCUAUAUGAAACUGGGGAGGAAUGUGGCGAGAACAUUUCUAGACUAUUACCGGCUGAAUUCCUUGGUUGAAAGGAUGACAGUGCCCAUGCCAAGGCUUCGGAAAGAAACCCCCACUCCUUACAAGCACCCAUCCCUGCGGGGCUCAGCCAGCAAUGUCCCCAACAGCAAAGGGGACAAGAAGAGCUCACUGAACCACAAAGACUCUUCAACCCCCUUUUAAAGACAUGGCACCUGGAGGCAUUGUGGGGGCAGGAACACGAGUUUCCUGUUGGGGCAGGAAAUUAAGUGCCAUUCCCUGGUUUCCAAGACAGGGGUUUUCAGCAUUGUGCACAUGCUAGUGAAAGGGAGGAGGGGAAAGAGAGACAUUUUAUCAUUGAUUUCUUUUCCUUUUAUCAACGGGAAAUCAAUUGUGAGCCUUCAACUCAGAGGCUGAAUGGAGUAGGAGAGUGGAGCUAGGCAAGCAUAGGGAAACGUACGCACCUCUCUCAAGAGGUCCCACAGGUCUCAGGUCUCUGUAAGCCCUUCUUCACCUUUUAAAGUUGUAUGGUCAAUGCACAGGUGACUUUGCUUAAAACAGGUUGCAACUGUUUCUAGUUUAGGAAUGCCGUCUCCAUAUUUUCUAAUGCAAAGCAACAGCAACCCACAUACAAGCCAAAGGCAAACAGGCUGUUGUGAACAAUGGGGUAGAAUUUUUGAAAUCAGAGUGGUCUUAGAAACAUGGUCACUGUAUCUAUAAGCCUCAUGCUCUCUCACUCCCUCAAGCCCCAGCAUGCAACUUCAGAAAGCUGUUCUGAAAGACAUCUUUCAACUUCCUUGGGAGUUUAAUCGAAACUCUAGCUCCCCAGACAAAAAAAAACAUUGCUCAUUCAUUCCGAAGAACUACUGUGGAUAAGGUCUGCAGUCCCUGGUGACAAGAAUCAAGGGAGGUGAGCACUGAUAAUCUGCACUGAGGACAGAGUGACUACCAGGUAAGGGGGCUGCAAGAGACAAAGGACUGCACCCUAGGCACGUAGGAGUGAUAAAGAAAACGACAGCAGAAGCAAUUCCUGAGGCGAAGCAAGCCAAAUACUGUGCAUUUUCCUGAUGCUUAAAGGGCCUUUGUGUGAUGAAUGGGUCCAGGGGAGUCUACUCCCUUCCUGUCUGUGGAAGCAGCAGGCUGAGUCACCAUGACAGCCUGCUAAUUAAAAUGACCUCCCGGAAAUGAGGAUUAGGAGAUAGGGAGAGGGAGGGAGGCUCCAGGGAGAUGAGGCCUUCAGCACACAAUUCCAGUUAAACAUUCUUUGCAUUUGCGACGGCGAUUUUCAAAGUUUAUUGCAAAAAAUCGAGAGCAAAGCUUGUUUUCUCUUUCA